UAUGAAAAUGUGUAAAAGAUCUACCCAGAAGUACAGUACCCACAACCAUAAUCUUCUUCUACUUUCACCUCUCAUUCACUCUUGAGCUCUACCAUGAAAACUAAUCAGCCAAAGCUUAAGACCCAAUUCAUCUCUUGUGGGUUUUUUCGCCAUUGCACCCAAUCCAUUUUCAGCCCCACGAGUUCCCCUAACCUACCAUCACAGCCACAACUCGAUUCCUCACAACCCGAUUCCUCCUCAACCUCCCAAAGCUUACUCAAUGGAGGUUCCCACUCCCCAACCCCGACUCGCCACCCGAAACCACCCUCUCGUCCGAUCCAUGUGGAGGCGAAGGACUUGCUUCUGGCGGCAGAGAAGAGGAGCUUGUUGGGAAGGUCCAAAAUGACCAUGUUUCCGGAUUCAUAUAAGGAUUUGAGAACUACCAGGUUGGUACCUUGGCUCGGUCUGGACCCAGGAAUUUUAGAAGCUCCACCACCUUUGUUGCGGAGGGAAGGUUGUUGGCGAUUAGAUUGUAGUUCACUGCAAUGGAACCCGCAUAUGCAAAACAAACCUGUUACUUUUUGAUACCAAAAAAAUCCGUUACUUUCUGUAUUUUCUUUUCUUGGGAACCAAACGGAAAAUGAGAAAAGCUUCAAGCAAGGGGCAACCAAACCACUCUCAAGAGUCAAGGCCACGGAGGCAGGCAUCGGUUGCCAAGCUGCCAACCGUAUCACCUCCAACAUGAUCUUUUGCAUGGGCCUGGAGACCAAUAUUGACAAAACCCACGCCGAUCCAGUCCUCUAAGCCCUUCGGUUAUGGGCCCAACUUCCUUGCGUUUAAUGCAACCAGUCGGAUAAAACCUCUGGAUACAAAACCGCGAAAGGCCAAGAAAAGCAAGAACGAAGAAGAAGAUGGGUCGCUCAAUUCUCUCCCACUUCCUCACUCUCUCACACUCCUCAUGUUCACGCUUUACUCCUUCACUGUAGUGCUGUGGAUUUCCAAUGAAGCACAUGAAAGGAACUGGUUUGGUUCGUCGUUCUCGGCGUCCCAUUGGCCUCCGUGGCACCGGUUUCCGGUUCUUUUGCAGUGUCUCCGCCUCUAAACCCCUUGUGCAAGAGAGUUCUCCAAGCUCUGUCAAGAAGAGGGUAGUUUCUGGAGUUCAACCAACUGGAUCUAUUCACCUGGGAAAUUAUCUUGGCGCCAUAAAUAAUUGGAUUUCACUUCAGGACACAUAUGAUACUCUAUUCUUUAUUGUGGACCUCCAUGCGAUUACAUUACCGUAUGAGACACAACAACUAUCAAGGGCAACAAGGGAUACUGCAGCCAUUUAUUUGGCAUGUGGUGUGGACACUUCAAAGGCUUCUGUUUUUGUUCAGUCUCAUGUUCGUGCCCAUUCAGAACUAAUGUGGUUACUAAGUUCUGCAACACCAAUCAGUUGGCUCAACAAAAUGAUUCAAUUUAAAGAGAAAUCCCGCAAGGCGGGCGAUGAAAAUGUUGCUGUUGCUCUUUUGACUUAUCCUGUUCUAAUGGCUUCUGAUAUUCUCUUAUAUCAGUCUGACUUUGUCCCUGUCGGUGAGGAUCAGAAGCAGCAUCUGGAGUUAACCCGUGAGCUGGCCGAGCGUGUUAAUUAUUUAUAUGGAGGAAGGAAGUGGAAGAAAUUGGGUGGGCGAGGUGGUGCUAUCUUUAAGGUUCCUGAGCCCCUUAUACCACCAGUUGGAGCCCGAGUUAUGUCCCUCACUGAUGGCCUUUCCAAGAUGUCCAAGUCUGCACCUUCUGAUCAAUCUCGAAUCAAUCUUCUCGAUUCAAAAGAUGUAAUAGCAAACAAGAUAAAACGUUGCAAAACCGACUCACUCAAUGGCAUGGAAUUUGACAAUCCGGAAAGACCUGAAUGCAACAAUCUUCUCUCCAUAUAUCAGCUCAUUUCAGGGAAGACAAAAGAGGAAGUUGCACAAGAAUGUCAAAAUAUGAACUGGGGCACAUUUAAGGUCCUUUUAACAGAUUCCUUGAUUGAUCAUCUGCAUCCCAUCCAGGUUCGCUAUGAGGAAAUUAUGUCUGAUUCAGCUUAUUUGGAUAGAGUCUUGGCAGAAGGUUCUACAAGAGCUGCAGAUAUAGCAGAUGCUACUCUCAAUAAUGUCUACCAGGCUAUGGGAUUCUUGCGGAGAUGAGCAGAAUUGAUGCUGCAAGAAAAGUUCGUGUUAAAUGAUUGAGAAAUUCAGCAACCUAGAUUUAACUUUUGGAUGAUACAUGAUUGUGAACAAUUUUUUUUGUAGUAGAUCUCUAAGCAUAUUCUUUGAGAGAAAAGAGAAAAUGUUAUGUGAGGGCCCCGCAAAUUUUUGAUGCAGUCACCUCUACUUCUCUUUUCCUAUUGAUGCACGUAUGCAUUGCUGGCGCUUCUAAGAAUCAGGUAGUUUUAGGUUUAAUUUUAUCUCAUCUUUUAGAAUUACCAACUCGUAUUUGUUGUGUAAUGGAAUUUUGAUAUAAUUAUCAACUUGGUUUUGCUUUUCCA